GUGUUAAAAUAUGAUUCACAAACAACGGUUUCUAACUACCCAUUUCUGCUACUAUCUUCUCACUCUUCAGUUCAUCACUGUAAUUCUGUAAACACCACCUUUAAACUCCAUUUUCCUCUACCCAAAAUAUCUCUCCUCCCACCUAACCAUCUUCAAUUACCUUCAAUCUCUAAACCCUAAUUUCCUCAAAUGUCUAAUUCUUCAUCCCCAACUAUAAACCCUCCUUCAAAACCACCCCUUUCUUCCAAAUUCACCCCCAAAAUCACCCAUAAACUGUUUCCUUCAUCAAUUCCUUCAAAACCCACCAAGAAAUUACCUCUAAAAAUCCAAUCUUUACACCACCCAGAUCCCCAAAACCCCAGAAAAACCCUAAAUUUAAUCUCAAUUUUAAAAAGUUUACCUGAUUGGGCUGAUGAGGUUCAGGAAAAGGGUAUGAGAAAAAAGAGACUUUUGUAUAACCAAAAAAAUUGGGCAGAACAUAGAAGCUCACUUAGGCAUGUAAGACAUCUAUUAUCUUCACUAUCUUCAAGGGUGAUUGUCUCUCUCCUCCCUCCUGUGGUUUUCUUCACUUCAGUGGCUGUUUUCAUAUCUGUGUACAAUACAGCAGUGACCAUGAAUUUGUUGCCAGGGUUUUUCCCUGUGUUGAGGGCCUCUUCCUUGCCUUAUCAGCUUACGGCACCGGCCUUGGCCCUUCUGCUGGUGUUUCGAACCGAGGCGUCUUACUCGAGGUACGAGGAAGGGAGGAAAGCUUGGACUAAGGUGAUUGCUAGGACUAGUGAUAUUGCUAGGGAGGUCAUUGCUUGUGUGGAUGAUUUCAAUGAUGAGGUUAUCAAGAGGAGUCUUUUGCAGUACAUUAUGUCUUUUCCUAUUGCUCUUAAGUGCCAUUUGCUUUAUGACUCCGAUAUUAGGCGAGACCUCCAAAGUUUACUUGAUGCAGAUGAUCUGGCAGUAGUGCUCAGUUCAAAGCACCGACCGCAAUGCAUCAUUCAGUUUAUAUCUGAGAGCCUUCAGCUGUUAAAUGUAGAGGAGCAGAAGAGGAACAUAUUGGAUUCGAAGCUAUCCUGUUUUCAUGAAGGAAUUGGUAUUUGUGAACAAAUAGUAGGUACACCCAUUCCUCUAUCAUACACCCGGCUGACCUCAAGGUUUCUUGUUCUCUGGCAUCUCACAUUACCUGUCAUACUAUGGGAUGAUUGCCACUGGAUCGUGGUUCCUGCCACUUUCAUUAGUGCAGCAUCUUUGUUCUGCAUAGAAGAGGUGGGUGUGCUUAUAGAAGAGCCCUUCCCUAUGCUUGCACUGGAUGAGCUGUGCAAGGUGGUUUGUAACGACAUUCAGGAUAAUAUUGCAAUCCAGAAGACAAUUCAAAUGCACAUCACUGCUAAACGGAAGACCCACCACAGGGAACACACGCCGAAUGGUUGGCCUGCCUCAAGUGGGGAUAAGACUUGGUGAAACUUGAUUAACUACAGCUUAUAGUAUAUUAUAGCUCUUUCGACUAAAAGUAUAAUGCAACUUCCAAGCACCCAGAAGAUACAGAAAAAUGUUUUUUUCUCUUCUGAAACUAUCAAUUGAAAGUGUUUGUAAAAGCCGGAAUGACUUCAGAGGAGAAUACUCUGUGUAAAGUUGUGAACGACCUAUAGAGAUCCUGUGUGUAUACAUCCGUGUACAUGAAGUAUUAAUAUGUAGACAUUUGUAAAUAUAUAGUAACAGUUAUUGUAUUUA